GAAAUGGAGAAACAGUCCACGUCUCUCUCACAGUCGGCUUCACUGUCGCCACUGUCAUUCAGACCCUGGCUCACGUGGGGGGAUGCCACAUCAAUCCUGCAGUCACUCUCGGCUUCGUGAUAAUGGGUAAAACGUCCGCUCUGAGAGCACUUCUGUACGUCAUUGUUCAGUUGGCUGGUGCAGUGGCAGGUACAGAAAUAUACAAGAUAACUACACCGGAGAACCUCAGAGGUAUCGGCCUAUGUUCGAAUAGAGUAAACACAGCUGCAGGAGUGACGGCUGAACAGGCUCUGGUGGUGGAGAUAGUUCUCACCUUCUGUCUAGUCCUGGUGAUACUAGCAGUGAGUGACAAGAACAGGCGUCCUCAUCACGGUGGAACUGGGCCCUUCAUUGAGGGACUGACUGUGUGCGCUGCCUUCCUCAUGGGGCUCAGAUACAGUGGUGUUUCCUUAAACCCGGCACGAUCGUUUGGUCCUGCUAUAUUAAGCGAUUAUUGGGAACACCAUUGGAUAUAUUGGGUGGGACCAUUGUCAGGAGCAGCUAUAGCUGGCUACAUGUACAGAAACUGGUUCAAAGCUCCCAAACCGCAAAAGGAGCAAAAUACCAAUACGUAAACAGAGGAGUAACUUUGAAGAAAUAAAAUUCAGAUAGGAACAUAAUAAGUUUAUGUUGCUCGGGCUGUAGAAACAACAGGUGUAAUAUCAUUGCCUUAGAUACUUUACUGGAACUCUAGUACAUCGAGAAAA